AUGGCAAUCGGGGCAGCCCUUCCAGCCAGGCUGACAGAGGAGCAGCUGUCUCGGAGGCCCCCGCAGGCACACUUGGCUGCUUUCCUCUGGGCUUCACCCAGUUCCAGUCCAGCUGAAGAUAUGGCCAUAUGGCAGAAGUGCCUCAGAAAGAAACGGGAGCUCGGUCCCACCAAGACUCAGAGGGCAAAGUCACAGGAGAGAGGCUGGAAAUGUCCUGGGCCCACAGUCCUGGAACCCAUCCAGAAACCACCAGAACCAGGGAGAGGACCUAGUGAGCUGCAGAAGGGCAGGAGGGAGAUCAGGAAGAGCAGGUGGGCCCUGCAAACUACCCCGGCUCAUGCGCUCCUUCUUGUUUGUCUUAUAGGGAACUUCAAAGGUCUGUGCAAGCAAAUUGAUCACUUCCCAGAGGACGCGGACUACGAGGCCGACACAGCAGAAUAUUUCCUCCGGGCGGUGAGGGCCUCGAGCAUCUUCCCGAUCCUCAGUGUGAUUCUGCUUUUCAUGGGUGGACUUUGCAUCGCAGCCAGCGAGUUCUACAAGACUCGACAUAACAUCAUCCUGAGUGCUGGCAUCUUCUUCGUGUCUGCCGGUCUGAGUAACAUCAUCGGCAUCAUAGUGUAUAUUUCAGCCAAUGCCGGAGACCCCUCCAAGAGCGACUCCAAAAAGAAUAGCUACUCCUAUGGCUGGUCCUUCUACUUUGGGGCCCUGUCCUUUAUCAUCGCCGAGAUGGUCGGGGUGCUGGCCGUGCACAUGUUUAUCGACCGCCACAAACAGCUGCGGGCCACUGCCCGCGCCACGGACUACCUCCAGGCCUCCGCCAUCACCCGCAUCCCCAGCUACCGCUACCGCUACCAGCGCCGCAGCCGCUCCAGCUCGCGCUCCACCGAGCCCUCUCACUCCAGGGACGCCUCGCCCGUGGGCAUCAAGGGCUUCAACACCCUGCCGUCCACGGAGAUUUCCAUGUACACCCUCAGCAGGGACCCCCUGAAGGCCGCCACCACGCCCACCGCCACCUAUAACUCCGACAGGGACAACAGCUUCCUCCAAGUCCACAACUGUAUCCAGAAGGAGAGCAAGGACUCUCUCCACUCCAACACAGCCAACCGCCGGACCACGCCCGUCUGAAGUCCACGGGACCGGGGACCCCGGGAGGCCAGCCGCGGGCGGGGGCGGGGGACCAGACCACCCACGGGAGACCUUCCAAACGCAAAAAAAAAAAAAAAAAAAAAUCAACAAAAACGAAACAAAAAAAAAAAAAACAAAAAAAAAGAGAAAAACAUAACAAGUAAAUUAAAAAAA